GUGACUUUCAGAAGUUCGGCGACUUUAUCAUACAGCCUACCGACAACAUCUUUGAACACUUGUUAGUGCGACGCCAUAAGAAGAGAGAAACCCGACUUACUCUCCAUGUUUUCUUUCACGUUUCUACACUGCAGAAGCUUCAGGCAUGGAACGAUUCAUUGGGGUUUACUUUGACCACCCCAAAUUCAUCAACGAGACAAUGCAAACCUUGUCUCUGCUCCUACCACUGAACGAUUUGGACAGCAUAGACUGGUUCAAGAGUUAUCGUAAAAAGUUUCAACGCAGCUUGCCGAGCAAGUCCAAGUCUUUGAGCGGAAUCGACCCUCAUGCUGGGCAAAUGCCGGUUGGUUCAAGACGCGCUGCCGACUACAACUAUUGGCUCCCACGGCUGCUGGAAUUGGAAAAAGAAUUUCUGAACUAUUCUCCGCGAACUCUUGGGCAAUUCUUGCGUGACCAUCGGCGAUACCGCAAUUGGACACUGUACUGGGUCGGUCUCGUGGCGCUAGUGCUGACUCUCAUAUCCUCCAUGACCGGUGUGGUGUCUGCCGUUGUGGGUGGCUUGGCUCUGAAGGAUGAUAAGAAUGACAGAGAGUCACUGACAGCGGCUUGCUGUUGUCGAGACAUAGACUCCGUCACCAAUAUCCUAACAGAGGAGAGUCUUGCUCCAGUGUCUGCUUCUGUGGUGACUCUUGCGCCCGCUCAGGUCAUUGACCCAGGGCAGACACUGAUUGUCACAAUCCUCGUGACUACCACUGUCACGACAGAGGCUUGACGGAUUUCUUUUUCCUGGCUCUAGAGGUAGCAAUAGAGACUCAAAGACUUUGAUUGGUUUUUAUUCAUGAAUGGAUGCUGUGAUAGAAACCCCAUCAACCAGCAUGGCCUAGG